AUGCUUCGCGUGGUCAAGUUCCGCGCACAUUUGCACUGGCUCAACAGGGCCGACCAAGCCUGCCUCUUCUGCCCCGAGCACGAGACGGACCGUCACUUCCUCGUCGACUGCGACUUCAUCAAGGACGUGUGGAGCACGCUUCACGCCGUCACGGUCCCUUUGGGCGUGACCUUGCCGAUAACGCUCUCAGGCUACCUCUACUCGACGCCCACGACGGCGUCCAACAGGCACCAAGCCGCGUUCCGCUACCUCUGGCCCGUACUCCGCGCCUGCGUCUGGUUCAACAUCUGGCGAGUCCGGAACGAUCGCGUCUUUCGCGCCGACCUACCGCUGCCAAAUUCAUGGACGAUUGCCGUCAAGGCGGCGCGUGUCGCUCAACUGCACGUGCACCACAGCCUCAUCAAGUUCCUCAACCGAGUGCACACAACGAAGAAAGUCUGA